AUGUCUUCACGACGUUCUAGUUUACGCAAUCCCAACAUCGCUCCCAGACGGACUUCUUCAAUCCGUUUUGAUGACUCCACGAAUCCUAUUCCAUACCCCAGCUUCUCCUCAAAUGUCGACUGGACUCUCGAGGUACCAUAUGGACAACUUGACGUCGACUGGAGCAAUGUGAAUUUUGAUGAUCCGGCAUUUUCUGGGUACAAUAGGGUUGACCAGCAACCCUCCACUGAUUUCCUCCUAGACAGUCUGUCAUACUUGGAACCUGAACAACAGGUAAAUGCGGCUAAGAGUCGCCGAGCUUCUGUCCAAAUGAUGAAUAGGCCUCUAGCUGCAGUGCCUGGCUUGAAGAUUCCACAGUCGUAUGACCUGUCAAAUAACCACGCCGUCGACCCUUCGCUUCUAAACUCGGACUAUCAGAAUACCACUUACGGUUACCAGUCUGAAGCAAAUGCACCAUAUUUCACUGACGAUUUCGAACUACAGCCGCAGGUUCAUGACGGAUUUGUGCCGGCUUCGCAUGAUGCCGGUACGACGGCAGAUGUAUAUGAUGAUGACUUACGAAGCUCCCUGAGGACACGAAAACGAUCACGCGAAGAUACAACCUCUCAAGAACGUCCGAGAAAACGUGCCCGGGAAGAAGAACCGCACCACGGACGCUCUCCAAAGUCUCGACGCAGCUCAGGCAACUCGAGCAGUUUGAGCGAGACAUCCUCUCUAAGAAAGAGCCGGAAAGCAACCACAAAGAUCACGAGAUCGGUCUACGAACCCGAGAGGCCGGAGACGGACAAAGACAAGCACUGGAUUAGGAUAAACCAGACCACCGAGGGAAAGACUAGCCGGACGGGAAAGAUCAAUCACUACAAGGCUGAAGAAAUGUACAAUCAUAGCCUUCCCCAUACUAUCGGCGACUGGCAGGGUAGUAAGACGCUCUUCCAGUACGACAGGAACGGCGAGCUACAGCAGAGGACUUACAGUGCGAAGGAGAUUCGAGAAUUCUUAUAUGAGCAUCCACGAACUAAAGAUUGUAAGUUGAAGCUUUGGAUUCAGAAAUCCCCUGCAGACAGCGCUCGACGUUACCCACAGGAACACUCCUCGAAAUGUCGGUUCCGAUGCUGUCCAAUCCAAGCGAACUUCAAGGGAACUAUCCUCCACGGCCACUACCGUGUUGCCUUUGAUGAAAAGUGGCACAAGUAUCGCGAAAACGCUGACCCGUUCCACGUGGCGGCGUAUGUCCAUCUGUACUGCCUAGAGCGCUUCCUCGACUUCCCAGAUAUCUGCAACAAGCUUGAGAUCGCGGCCGACGACCGACGAUUGCGAAACGAGCCAAAAGGGAGAUUCCUUGCUAGUCUCGGAAACUCUUGCGAGGGUGGCAUCGCCCACAAGUUCAUCGAGGACUGCAGGAAUGGUAAUCUUCACAACGAGUAUCCUGACUACCCCAUCCAUCAAUACUACCGUCACGGCGAACCCAAGCUACAUGUGCACACCCUUACAUAUGCAUUGAACAAAGGUAAGACCGAAACGCGACCGCCUGCGCAGAUCCGGCAGUUCGAAGAGCGCGGCCUAUCGAGCUCUCAUAUCUUGGUACACAUGGGCGAUCUGGAGAAAUUCGUCAAAGCGAGACUGAACAAGAAGAAGGCAGCUAAGCGGAGGAAGCGUGGCGAGCCGAGCGAAGACGAGGCAAGUGAUUCAGAACCCGAAGCUGUUCCACGAACUGCUCGUCCUCGCACGACAGCCGCACCGAAGGCUGAGCGAUCCUCUACUCAACGUCCUUCCCGGUCUCAGACGGCUUCAGAACCACGCCGACGAAGCCCCCGCAAUAAGCAGCGCAUCAGCUACGCAGACAUGGACGCAGAGCACUCCGACGCGAGCGGAGGCGAAGAUAUCCUCUUCAUUCCCGAAGCCGACGACCCCUACAACCACACCCAGCCUUACUACCCCCACCCCCAAGACAUAUUUUCCCAAGCCAUGUCCCUCCAAAAGCACCUCCAGCAGCCCCGCAAAUCCUCCCUUGCCCAAUACCCCCGCCCCGACCGCCCCCGCCGCGUCUCCUGGGCGCCAGACCCCACCUACGACCACGCCCUUCCCCACCACCCUGAGUACCAGCCCGAGCCGCAAACGCCCUGGCCACAGCACCCCCUACCCCACCAACCUCCGCUUGGACCCGACUACUCCACCGCCCGCAAACCCAGCGCCGGCUUCACACAGCUCCUCGACUCAAUCACGUCCUACGAGCUGGACCCGGCGGCCCAGUUCCUCGCCACCGACUUCGACGACAGUCUGCUCUUCAACGACUUCACUAACGGCGGCGGAGUCUUCGCUCAGCCGACUUCGCCGGCCAGGCGGGGCUCGGGGAGUCCGCAGCGGCGGCGGUCGUCUUUGGAGCGGAAGGUGAUUUCCGGUGAGAGAAGGGGGAGUAGGGGGAGUCCGAGAGAGCAGAGAAGGCAUAGUAUGCGGCUGAGGAGCAGGAGUAUGGGGAGUCUGGGGAGUUUGUUUGGGGGGUCGCCGAGCCCGCCGGGGACGGGUGACGCGUAGGGCUUCUUUGAGGGCUUAAAUGGAUUGGAUUGGGAUGCGGGUUUUUCUUGUUAGUGGGGAGUGGGAGAUGUACUUGACGCAGUAAAUUGUUUUUCUUUCUCUUUCCAUGGGUUUUUCUUUUUAUGUUGUAUGAGCAUUGAUGGGCGCUGCGGGCGGCGUUUCAAGAAGAAAAGCGUUCUCUGUAUUGGUAGAAUAGCAUAGUUCGAGCGUAGAGC